AUGAUCGACAAUAAUUGUACUCAACCUCCUCCCGCUCCGUCGACUCCAGAAACUCCCUUGACUCCAGAAACUCCCUUGACUCCAGAAACUCCCUUGACUCCAGAAACUCCCUUGACUCCAGAAACUCCCUUGACUCCAGAAACUCCCUUGACUCCAGAAACUCCCUUGACUCCAGAAACUCCCUUGACUCCAGAAACUCCAGAAGCUCCAGAAACUCCCUUGACUCCAGAAACUCCAGAAACUCCAGAAACUCCAGAAACUCCAGAAACUCCAGAAACUCAUUCUCUAGAUUCCACUUCUGAAGACGAGCAUUUUAUGGACCGGGAAUAUGAACACUUGGGGCUGAUCGCAUCAGGUGGAUUUGGUGAAGUUUGUGUGGCCAGAUCUAACUGCGAUCAAAAGUUAUAUGCAGUUAAAAUUAUUCCACGAUACGAUCAACGAGGAAAUGAUCCUCAUUAUCAAAUAUUAUGA